AUGGGAAAAUUACAAAACUUGAUAUGGAUACUGGAAAUCUUUUAUUUAUUUUCAUUAGUGAAUUCAAUUCGUAUUGGACAAAUAUCAAAUAUUUCAAUGAUUGGAGAUCUCGAUGAAUCAUUGAUAAAUCGAACACGAAAUGAAUGUAUUUGUGAAAUGAUUAAUUCUAAUGGAUUGUUUUUCUCAUUAAAUUAUUUUUCAACGAAUCAAUCUUGUCAAUUAUUUUCUUUGAAUAAUAAUUCUCAAAUGAUAUUUCAAUUGGAUAUUCAUUCCAUAUUUAUUUUUAUUAAUCAAUCUUUAUUAAAUAAUUAUUCAUUUAUUGAUCAAACAUUAACAACGACUGAUGAACAAACAACAACAGAAAUCAUUCGAUAUCUUUCUCUACUUUUGAAUAAUUCUCAAAUAUUAAAUAUGGCAAAUGUUUAUACUUGUCAAAUUCGUGGAACAAAUGUAACAACAAUCGAUAAUAGUACAGUGGAUGAUCUUUGUUCAAUUGAUUAUUUGAAUAUCAAUUCGUAUGAUCAAAGUUCAAUUUUAUUAAAAGAUUCGUCAUGUGCAAUUGAAACUAAUGUUUAUAGUUAUAAUCAAUCAUUGGUUGACAAUGUUUGUGCUAUUUUUCUUGCAAAUCUCAAUGCAGAAAAUCAAUCGAAGAUUCAAAUGAAUUCAUCAUUUGUUUGUCCACAAAAAACAAUCGUUAAUGGAAAAGAUCAAGGAGAAAUCUUAGAAAUUUGUGCAUCUCAACUAAUGAAUAUCAUUGCAACACAAUCUUCAAUAAUUACAAUGAAUUCUACACAUAAUUGUCCAAAUGAAACACAAAUUCUUGCAACAGAUCAAGCAAUUCUAUCAAAUAUAUGUGCAAAUAAUCUUUUAAAUAUUUCUACAACACAAUCUUCUUCAGUUCAAAUGAAUUUAUUAUCAAAUUGUCCAAAAGAUACAAUAGUUGUGAGUGUUGAUCAUAGUAAUAUCUCAAAUAUUUGUGCAGUUAAUCAAAUGUAUAUUGAAACAAACGAUUCAUCAUGGGUUUCAAUGAAUGAAAGUGCACCAUGUCCAAAUAUUCUCAUAAUAAAACAUGAAAGUACAAAUCCAAUUGUAAAUCUUUGUCCAUCAAAAGUUUUGUAUUUAACAACCCUUGAUCAAGCAGUUUUUACUUUAAAUUCAUCAUCGAUUUGUACAAUAACAACUGUUCUUGUUGCUUCUGGAACAACAAAAACAACUGGUCUUUGUGCGAAAAAUACAUUAAAUAUCACAGGUAAUGAUUUAUCAUUGAUUAGUGUUGAUCCAUUAUCACAAUGUCCAAAUAAUACUUCGAUUAUCGGUUCAAAUCAAACACAAAUUGAAAAUAUUGGAGCAAUUUCCACAUUAUUCAUUCAAAUAAAUGAAUCAACAAAUGUAACAAUUAAUCCAAAUUGUUCGUGUCCACAAAAUAUCUUUGUUAUCACUUCAAGUCUUAUUCCUCUUGAUCAAAUUUGUGCACAAAAUACAAUGAAUAUCAUUUCAAAAGAUUCUUCUCUUCUCAUUCUUAAUACAAUGAUCACAUGUCCACAUAUGAUGAAUAUCAUCGCAUCAGAAAAUACAUCGAUUUCGAAUAUUUGUGCAACAACAUCAUUAAAUAUUCAGAUAAAUCAAACAGCAAAUGUUUCACUCAAUCAAAACUCAUCAUCAUGUCCUUUAAAUACAUCAAUUACCAGUUCAACAAUGUUUCCAAUAAGAAAUAUUUGUGCCCAAUAUUCUUUACAAUUGAUUUCAAAGUUAAUUUCAAAUCUUUUUGUCGAUUCCAGUGUAACUUGUCCUUACACAACAAAUAUCACUGCAAUGGAUAAUUCAACAAUUACAAAUCUUUGUGCUUCAUCUCAAUUAACAAUCCGAGUCAAAGAUAAUGCAAAUAUUUCUCUCAAUUCUACGUGGCCAUGUUCACAAAAUACAAAUAUCUUCAGUUCAACAAAUAUUCCAAUAACAAAUAUUUGUGCAAAAAAUACUUUACAAAUAAUUUCAAAAAAUUCUUCAAAUCUUUUUAUUGAUUUAUCAAAAGUCAUUCCUCAAACUACACUUGCCAUAGCUUCACAAAAUGCAGUCGUUUCGAAUAUUUGUGCAACAAAUCGAUUAAAUAUUCAAUCAACAAACAUUGCAAAUGUUUCCAUGAAUGAAAAUUGUUCAUGUCCACAAUUGACAACAAUUAUGAGUUCAAGUUCUAAUCCAAUAUUUCAUAUUUGUGCAAAUUCAACAUUAAAAUUAACAACAAGUAAUUCAUCAACUAUUUCUGUUGAUUUAACAAACAUUUGUCCACAAACGACAAUUGUUUCAGCUUCACAAAAUAGUUCAAUUCCGAAUUUAUGUGCAAUUAAUUAUUUAAAUAUUCAAAUGAUAGAUAUGGCAAAUAUUUCUCUCAAUUCUACAUGGCCAUGUCCACAAAAUACAAGUAUUAUCAGUUCAAGUUCAAUUCCAAUUUCUCAUAUUUGUGCACAAAAUACUUUACAAUUAAGUGGAAGUAUCAAUUCCAAUUUAACUGUUGAUUUGUCAGUUGUUUCUCCUCAAAUGACAAGUAUUAUUGCAUCGGGAAAUUCUUUUAUUCCGGAUGUUUGUGCCAUAUCUCGAUUAACAAUAUCUGCAUCUAAUACAGCAACAGUUUCUAUUAAUUCAACAUGUCCAUGUCCAACAUUUACUACGAUAAACAGUUCAAGUUCUAUUCCUAUUUUUGAUAUUUGUGCACAAAAUACUUUACAGUUAAAUGCUCAAAAUACAUCAAAUUUAAUUGUUGAUUCUUCAACAAAUUGUCCUCAAAUCACAAAUGUAAUUGCUUUACAAAAUAGUUCUAUUUCCGAUUUAUGUGCAUCAUCUCAAUUAAUCAUUCAAGCAUCAGAUAUGUCCAAUGUUUCAUUGAAUUAUACUUGGCCAUGUCCACAAUCUACUGCAAUCACAAGUUCAAGUCUUAUUCCAAUAUUACAUAUUUGUGCUCAAAAUCAAUUACAAUUAAAUGCAAAAAAUAAAUCACAUUUAAUCGUUGAUUCAUCAGCUUCAUGUCCUCAAACAGCAAGUAUAAUUGCCUCACAAGAUACAAUCAUUGCUACACUUUGUGCUACAAAUCAAUUAAAUAUUCAAACAUCAAACAAUGCAAAUGUUUCAAUUGAUUCCAAUUGGCCUUGUUCUCUUCAAACAACAAUUAAUAGUUCAAGUCUUAUUCCAAUUUCUCAUAUUUGUGCACAAAAUACUUUACAAUUAAUUGCAAGUAGUUCAUCGAAUUUAAUUAUCAAUUCGUCACAAAUUUGUCCUCAAAAUACAACUAUAACAGCUUCACAAAAUUCUUCUAUUUCGAAUAUUUGUGCAAUAGGACAAUUACAUUUGACUUUAUCAGAUUCAGCAAAUGUUUCAUUGAAUUCUGCAUGGCCAUGUUCACAAUCGACAAUUAUUCAAAGUUCAAGUUCAAUUUCAAUUUCGAAUAUUUGUGCAAAUAAGUCUUUACAAUUAACAGGAAAUAAUUCAGCAAAUCUCAUUAUUGAUUCAAAUAAUUUCUGUCCACAAAAUGCAAACAUAGCAGCACAUGGAUCUUCUCUCAUAUCGAAUAUUUGUGCUUUCUCAGGAUUAACUCUUCAAAUAACUGAUUCAGCAAAUAUUUCAUUGAAUUCAACAUGGCCAUGUCCACAAAUGAUGAGUGUAUCAAGUUCAAGCUUCAAUUCUCUUUCACAUAUUUGUGCCAAUAAUUCUUUACAAUUAACAGCAAGUAAAUCAGCUAAGCUUUUUGUUGAUACAUCGAUGAUCUGUCCAUCAAGUACAACUAUGAAAAUCUCUGAUAAUUCAUAUAUUGACAAUGUUUGUGCUUUAUCAGGAUUAACAAUUGAAACAUCUGGUACGUCAAAUUAUUCAUUGAAUAGAACGUGGCCAUGUCCACAAUAUUUGUCUUUAACAAGUUCAAGUAGUGUUUUAAUCAGCGAUAUUUGUGCACAAAAAGUUAUGAAAUUAAUUGGUAGUGUUUCAUCAUAUUUGAGGAUGAAUUCAAGUGGAAUUUGUCCACAAAAUGUCACUGUUAUUGCUUUAGACAAUACAACAAUUUCAAAUCUUUGUUCAAUAUAUCAAUUAACUAUUCAAGCAGAAGAUUAUUCAAAUAUUUCAAUUGAUUCUUCUAUCUCUUGUCCACAAUAUUCAUCAGUGAAUAGUUCGAGUAAUUUCUCAAUCAGUGAUAUUUGUGCUUCUGUUCAAGUACAAAUUUGGGCAACUCAAGGAACUGCAAUAACAAUGAAUUCUUCAAUAAUAUGUCCAAAAGAGGCACAAAUUGUUGCUUCAGAUCAAUCAAAGAUUUCAAAUCUAUGUGCAAUUAAUAAUUUAACUAUUGAAAUAUCUGAUUCUGCAUUUGUUACAAUGAACAAUUCUUCAUCAUGUCCACAAACAGCAACUGUCAAUGCCAUUAAUUCCAAUAAUUCUUUAUCAUUUUGUGCAUCAAAUUCUUUGAAUAUAAAUUUGAUCAAUUCAUCAUAUCUUUACAAUUCAACGCAACAAUGUCCCAAUGAAUUGAAUAUCACAAUUAGUGAUAGUAGUGAGAUUUUCAAUGUUUGUUCAAAUCAAACAAUAAAUAUCGAUGCAAAAAAUUCGAGCCUCAUCUCCGAUCAAUCUCGAUGUCCAUCAAAUGUGAAUGUUAUUGCAACAGAUGAAGCUAUUGUUUAUAUUUGUGCUACAAAUUCCAUAUCUGCAUAUGCAUCAUUCAAUGCAAGUAUAUUUUAUAAUGGAACAUUAAGCACGAACUCGUCAAGUGAUGGAGGACAAAUUUUACCUUGGAUUUGA